UUGAUAACUAACUAAAAAAGAAAGAAAAGAACUUAACAGAAGUCGCAGCCAGUAGCAGCAGCAGAGUGCAGCCAACAUCGAGCAGCGGCCAGUAGCAGAAUCAGUGACAGAGACUGAGGCGUCUUCGUACCUAAGUGCUGUUCACGCAGCAACAGUAAUUAACUGUAAAACGUAACGAGAAUCAACAACAAAAACUAAACUCGAUCGUGUUUAAAAGAGAGCGGAAAAGCACGAGAGAGUGAGUGAACGAGAGAUUCAAAAUCCAGUAUCAGCAAAUUUGCCGUCUUCGUUUACGUCUUCAUCAACGUCUACGUCACCAUGGACAACUUAAUUCCGAUCGUCAAUAAGCUGCAGGAUGCAUUCACAUCGCUGGGUGUGCACAUGCAAUUGGACUUGCCACAAAUUGCCGUUGUUGGUGGACAGUCGGCUGGCAAGAGUUCGGUGCUGGAGAAUUUCGUGGGCAAAGACUUUCUGCCUCGUGGUUCGGGCAUUGUGACACGCAGACCUUUAAUUUUGCAGCUGAUCAACGGAAUAACUGAGCAUGGCGAAUUUCUGCACUGUAAGGGCAAAAAGUUCUCGAGCUUCGAUGAGAUACGCAAAGAGAUCGAAGAUGAAACGGAUCGUGUGACUGGCAGCAACAAGGGCAUCUCAAACAUUCCGAUUAAUUUGCGCGUCUACUCGCCGCACGUUUUAAAUUUGACGCUGAUCGAUUUGCCGGGUCUAACUAAAGUGGCAAUCGGCGAUCAGCCCGUUGAUAUUGAGCAGCAGAUUAAGCAAAUGAUAUUCCAAUUUAUACGCAAGGAGACUUGCCUUAUAUUGGCCGUGACGCCGGCCAAUACCGAUCUGGCCAAUUCGGAUGCCCUCAAGCUGGCCAAGGAAGUUGAUCCGCAGGGCGUGCGAACAAUUGGCGUUAUUACCAAAUUGGAUCUCAUGGACGAAGGCACCGAUGCACGUGAUAUACUCGAGAAUAAGCUGUUGCCAUUGCGUCGCGGCUAUAUUGGUGUUGUGAAUCGUUCGCAAAAGGAUAUUGAGGGACGCAAGGAUAUCCAUAUGGCAUUGGCCGCUGAGCGCAAAUUCUUCCUCAGCCAUCCAUCGUAUCGCCAUAUGGCCGAUCGUCUGGGCACACCAUAUUUGCAGCGUGUCCUCAAUCAGCAGCUAACCAAUCACAUUCGGGACACGUUGCCAGGAUUGCGCGAUAAACUGCAGAAGCAGAUGCUCACCCUUGAGAAGGAGGUCGAAGAGUUUAAGCAUUUUCAGCCAGGCGAUGCCAGCAUCAAGACAAAGGCUAUGCUCCAAAUGAUACAGCAACUGCAGUCGGACUUUGAGCGUACCAUCGAGGGCAGUGGCUCCGCUUUGGUCAAUACAAAUGAGUUGUCUGGCGGUGCUAAGAUCAAUCGCAUAUUCCACGAGCGUCUUCGCUUUGAGAUUGUGAAAAUGGCGUGCGAUGAGAAGGAGCUGCGACGUGAGAUCUCGUUUGCCAUACGCAACAUACACGGUAUUCGUGUUGGUCUCUUCACGCCGGACAUGGCGUUCGAGGCGAUCGUUAAGCGGCAGAUUGCGCUGCUCAAGGAGCCGGUCAUUAAGUGUGUGGAUCUAGUCGUACAGGAAUUGUCGGUGGUCGUGCGCAUGUGCACAGAUAAGAUGAACCGCUAUCCACGCUUACGCGAGGAAACGGAACGCAUCAUAACCACGCACGUCCGCCAGCGUGAGCAGCGCUGCAAGGAGCAAAUCCUUUUGCUAAUUGACUUCGAGCUCGCCUACAUGAAUACCAAUCACGAGGAUUUCAUUGGCUUCGCCAAUGCUCAGAACAAAUCUGAGAAUGCAAACAAGACCGGAACCCGACAGCUGGGCAAUCAGGUCAUACGCAAGGGUCAUAUGGUCAUUCAAAAUUUGGGCAUUAUGAAAGGUGGCUCGCGUCCCUAUUGGUUUGUUUUGACCUCGGAGAGCAUUUCGUGGUACAAGGACGAGGAUGAGAAGGAGAAGAAAUUCAUGUUGCCGUUGGAUGGUUUGAAAUUGCGCGAUAUUGAGCAGGGCUUUAUGUCAAUGUCUAGACGUGUUACAUUUGCUUUAUUCAGUCCCGACGGACGUAAUGUUUAUAAGGAUUACAAACAAUUGGAGUUGUCCUGUGAGACGGUGGAGGAUGUUGAAUCAUGGAAGGCAUCAUUCUUACGCGCAGGCGUCUAUCCCGAAAAGCAGGAGACCCAGGAGAAUGGCGACGAGGAAGGACAAGAGCAAAAAUCGGCCAACGAGGAAAGCUCCUCGGAUCCACAAUUGGAGCGUCAAGUGGAGACAAUUCGCAAUCUAGUCGACUCCUACAUGAAGAUCGUCACAAAGACCACACGGGACAUGGUUCCCAAGGCAAUUAUGAUGCUGAUCAUCAAUAAUGCCAAGGACUUUAUCAAUGGAGAGCUGUUGGCACAUCUGUAUGCCUCCGGCGAUCAGGCACAAAUGAUGGAAGAGUCCGCCGAGUCGGCAACCCGGCGUGAGGAAAUGUUGCGCAUGUAUCGCGCGUGCAAGGAUGCCUUGCAGAUCAUUGGUGACGUAUCGAUGGCAACUGUAUCAUCGCCAUUGCCGCCGCCAGUGAAGAACGAUUGGCUACCAAGUGGCUUGGAAAAUCCGGGUCUAUCGCCGCCCAGUCCCGGCGGACCACGCAAGCCCGCACCCACCGCACAGGGCUCGUUGGGUGGCCGCAAUCCACCUUUGCCCCCGGCAACAGGACGUCCAGCGCCCGCUAUUCCCAGCCGCCCAGGAGGCGGGGCACCGCCCCUGCCAGGCGGCCGGCCAGGCGGAGCUCUGCCACCUCCAUUGCUGCCAUCUCGCGUCACUGGAGCUGUCGGCGGUGCCAUAACACAGCAGGCUGGCGCCAACCGCUACAUCCCGGAGAGCAUGCGCGGACAAGUGAAUCAGGCUGUGGGCCAGGCGGCCAUGAAUGAACUCUCCAAUGUCUUUGCCACACGGUUCAAUCGGCCGGGCAUGAAUGCGCCGCCAAGGCUACCUGAACGUCCUUCCUACUAUGGCAACACGACCAAUGGCAGGCCCUACUGAGCGAGAGUGUAAGUGAGCGAGCCAGCGAGUUAACGCUAUUUAGAUGGAUCGAACAGUUACAGUGCGAGCGUGGGCGUCAGUGCGAGCGAGAUGGCGCGCGCAUACGGAAUAGUACUGUUUACUGUAAUUCAAUUUGUAUUAUUAUGUAUGUAUGUGUGUGUGUGAGUGUGUGACUGAGUGAGUGCG